UGUAAAAAAUAGAAAAAUUCAUCCCCAAAUGUAUUUUUGUAGCCGAAAAGGUUUCGAGAAGAAAAUGACAUUUUCCUUUUUCCAUCGUCUGUUUGGUGGGGAUAUAUUUCGCGGCAAGUAAUUCGAUAGAUAGAAAAGAGAAGGCUGGUUGCAAUUUGGCGCGGUCCCAAAUUCAUUCUCGUGUCUAGGGUUUCAAAUUCAAUCUUUUAUCCUGGUCUCGACGAAUUACAAUGGGUUAACGCAGUUAUUUCUGUCACGUCAAAAAUUCUGCACCACAUUUUCUUUCUGGUAGGGAAGCUCAAUUCUGCGUCGGUGUCAAAAAGGCAUCAACCUAUUAUGGGUGCACCAAAGCAGAAGUGGACAUCAGAAGAAGAAGCUGCCCUUAAGUUGGGUGUUGCUAAGUAUGGGGUUGGCAAGUGGAGCACCAUACUCAAAGAUCCAGAGUUUGCUGGUGUGUUGCGUUCUCGUUCAAAUGUGGACAUUAAGGAUAAAUGGAGAAAUCUACAUGCUAUGGCAAGUGGGCGGGGUUCUCGGCAGCCAGGGAGGACUGGGUAUAAAAGCAUUCAGCCAACAGUGAAACAUGUUGAUAGUGCCUUGCAUGUUAGCACUGUGUUUGAGAAUGGUAUAGAAGUUCUUGAUGCUAAAUCUCUUGCAGCAUCCUAUGAAAACGUGGAGGAUGUUGGUUCUAAGGAGGCGAUUUCAAGAUUGGAUGAUCUUAUAUUAGAGGUGAUAGCUGGAUUGAAGGAACCACGCGGGUCUAGUCGAACAACAAUUUCUUCGUACCUCGAGGAACACUUCGUGGCACCUCCAGACUUUGAAAAGCUGUUAGUUGCAAAUUUGAAGGCGUUGGUUGAAAACGGAAGACUGAUAAAGGCGAAGCAUCAGUACAGGAUUUCACCAGGUAGAGUAUCAUCUGAUGCCAGGGGCAACGAUUUCCCAUUGCUUCUGGAGGGGAAGCAGAAGGAUUCCCCAAAGCUUGAAAACAAUGGAGUUGGAAUACUUACUAAAGCACAAAUUGAUGCAGAGUUAGCUCAAAUGAUGAGCAUGAGUGCGGAGGAGGCUGCUGCAGCUGCUACACAAGCAGUUGCAGAGGCAGAAGCUGCUACUGCUGAGGCAGAAAGGGCAGCUAGAGAUGCGGAGAAGGCUGAAGCAGAGGCAGAAGCGGCACAGUGCUUUGCUGAAGCAGCAUUGAAGGCAUUGAAUCCUCGAACUGUCCGUGUGUGAUGGAUCUGGAUUGCAACAGCUAGGGUGUACAUCUAUCCAGCUUAAAUGUCACUGUAGAUAUGUGAAUAGAUUUGUAAAUAUGGAUAAUUGUGUCCAUUGGCAGGUGAUAUUGAAUGUCAUUGGGGUCAUUGGCAAGAGAGCACUAGAAGUUGGUGCUUUUAUUUUUGUACAUAUACCCUCUUUUGUAGUGUGUUUGGGUGCAAACUGUACAGACAGCUAGUUGACUUGCCAUGGAACCCCAUGAAAUUUUUGGUGAUGCUAUGAGUAUAUAAAAUUAUAGUUUUGAUUA